AUGUCUUAUGAUAGAGCUAUAACAGUUUUUAGUCCUGAUGGACAUUUGCUACAAGUAGAACAUGCCUUAGAAGCAGUUAAAAAAGGUGGUUGUGCUGUAGCUAUAAAAAGUUCAAAUUUCGCUGUUUUAGCAGUUGAAAAAAAGAAUAUACCUAAAUUACAAAACCCAAAAACUACUGAAAAAUUGAUUAAAUUAGAUGAACAUAAUUGUUUAGCCUUUGCCGGUUUAAAUGCUGAUGCAAGAGUAUUAGUCAAUAAGACUCGAUUAGAAUGCCAAAGAUAUUAUUUAAAUAUGGAUGAACCGGCACCUGUAGAUUAUAUUGCAAAAUAUGUUGCAAAAGUUCAACAGAAAUUUACACAUAGGGGUGGUGUAAGACCAUUUGGUAUAGCCACACUAAUAGCUGGUUUUAAAAACAAUAAAGAAAUAUGUAUUUAUCAAACAGAACCAAGUGGUAUUUAUGCAGCUUGGAAAGCACAAGCUAUUGGAAAAAAUGCAAAGAUUGUACAAGAGUUUUUAGAAAAAAACUAUCAAGAAAAUAUGGAACAGAAAGAUUGUAUAUUUUUAGCUUUAAAAGCUAUAUUUGAGGUUGUUGAAUUAAGUAGUAAAAAUGUAGAAGUUGCAUUACUUACAGAGAAGGAUUUAACUUUUAUCGAGGAACAGGAAAUAAAUUCAAUGGUGGAAUUAAUUGAUCAAGAAAGAACAAAGAAUAACGAACAAAAUGAAUAA